AUGUUGAAAGAAAUGAUGCGCGAAAAGGAAGCCAAAGGUGACAAGAGAAAAAGAAGAAGAAAAAGAAAAAGGCGGAUGACAUUGAAAAACCGAAAAAGCAGAAGAAGAAAAGGAAAUCUCGUGAGCUAUCAGAGAAAGACGUCUCAGCAAAAGGUUCUCCAAAAAGGAAGACUUCUCAUUCACAGCGAGAAAAAGAGUCGUGACUCGUUUGUGGAUGUUUCUCAAGCCGACAAUAGAAAGUCUCAAGAAAGUGAUGAUCACAAGCUUGGAAAAGCGUGUUCAUCGAAAGAAACGGAGAAGGAGAAAGAGCGGAUGCGGACGUUUGACUCUCAUAUACCUGAACAUCUCCGACCAAAGGCUGCUACCACAGACAGUGAAGAAGAUAUUGAGGACAGAUUCGAUCGUGAGGAACGCGAGCGUAAAAAGCGUUUCGAAGGUUUCGGCCUUGUUGGGGUAAUAAGAAAGGACGAAGAAGGUGGGCCUGCUGAAAAUCCAUACGAGCUGUCGAGGAAGCCUGCUGUUCCUGUUUAUAAGAAACCUGAACAUCGUCGUCCACUUACUGAGGAGGAAAAGCAAGCGAAGCUGCGGGAGAUGGCUGAAAAUGCGGCAUGGCGAGAAGCCGCACGUAGUUCUAAUUUAAAACGUGCUCGUUUGACUGACGAGAAGGAAGAAGAAGAAGACAUGAAAGACAAAGCGCCCAGCUUCAUUAGGAGCCAGCUGAAUAGUGCUGCGAGUGAUCUCACAGUUGAGCAGCGCUUGCAAAGCAACAAGAAAUCUCUUCAACGUUCUCAUGGAUUUAUGGAGAAAAAAUUCACCUCGAAAUGA